AUAAUAAAAAGAAUAUAUAUAUAAUAAUUUUAGAAUAUAAACAAAUUGAACGAAUAUAUAUGAAUGAGUCAACAAAGUAUUCGAGUAAUGGCGCGCAAAUUGUUAUGUGUUUACGACCUUGACAUGAUCUAUAGAGCGGUCAAAGGUCUCUCAGUUUUUGUUUCUGAACGAGUUUGUUUAUGGGUAUGAAUGCACUGAGGGAGCAGAAAUUUCCCACGGAAUGAUGACAAAAUUCUAUGGAAAUAGUUUCCAAAAAGAAUCAAUGAUUCGAAAAAAAAAAAUCUAAAAGUUCAACCAAUCAGAAAACAGUUUUAAACGUUCGAUAAAAUCUGAUUGGAUAUACCAUGAUCAUGUAGAAUGUAUUGAAGUGGUAAACGUUCGAAUUUUUUUUUCCUGUCAUUCGAUCUCAAACAGUUCGUAGUGAAAGUAAUAAAUUACAAAAUGAUUUCCGAAAAUUCAAAAUCAAAAUCAAAUUUUUUUCAAAAUGUUGGCCGUAAAACAAUGUUUGAAUCAUCGACACCAUCAAUGACGAAUAAUUGUUUCUUCAUGCCGUUUCAACAAGCAAAGUUUGGUGAAAAAAUUCACAUGAUUCGAAUGCCGCCUCCAGAAAUUAUUAGUGAAAAAACUGAACAAUCAAAAUGUAAUCAAUCUCAAGAUUGCAAUUAUUUCGAUAUUGGCAUAGAUUUGGCUAAUCUUACAUUAUAUAGUCAAAAGAAAAAUGAUGAUAAUCUAAUGGAAAAAAACCAACAAUUAUCAUCAAUUUCGAUUACUCCUGAUGAACUCUUGAAGCAAGUCGAACAGUUUGAGGAAAAAAAGAAUCGAGAAAUAACAGAACUUGAAAACGAAAUUAAAAAAUCAAAAUCGAUGAUAGAGAAAUUAAGUCAAGAAAAUGAGCAACUUAAAAUGCAAACUGGACGAAAUUCGGUUUCAAAGCUAUCCCAGACGAUUCCUAUGGAAAUGAUAGAAAAUUUAAACACUCGUUGCGCUAAUUAUGAAAUGAAUUUGGAUUCAAUCCUGAGAGAAUUUGAGGAAAUGAGACAAGAAACAAGUAAAUUGGCGAAAACUUUGAAAUUUACUAUUGAACAGCGAAAUGAACGAGAGCUUCAAAUUGAACAAUAUAAAAUUUCAUUACAAAAAAUGCAAUCUGAAUAUUUUGAUGAGUUGGAAACUUUGAAUUCAAAAUUAGAUGAACAACAACAAUCAUUUAGAGCCAAAGAAGCCGAAUAUGAACGAAAAGUUGAACAAAGCAAUAAUGAAUCAAUGCGGAUGAUCAAAAAAGUUUGUGGAGAAUAUGAAGAAAAAAUUAGCAGCUUGACAAUAUCAAUACAACAAGGAAUUGAAAAACUUGCCAAACUGAAUAAUGAAUUUGUUCAACUCAAAGCAAAUAAAAUAAGAUCAAAUAAGGAAUUAGAAGAACUGAUCAAAUCAAAUGAUGAAUUGAAAUCCAAAAUCGAAAAUAUGGAGAAAAUCUCGGAAGAAAAUCAAAAACUUCAGUUGGAUUUGAAUGCAAAGAAUUUAGAGGUGAAGAAAAAUGAAGAUUCUAUCAUUGUAUUGAGAGGUCGACUCGAAGAAAAAGAACACAAAUGUUUAAAUCAUGUUGAACAAAUGGAAAAAAUUACAAAUGAAUCAUUUAAUCUUUGUGAAGAUGCUCGAAAGCUUUAUUUUUUGGUCAAAAAACAAAAAUCGUCGCUUAAACAAAUUGAAGAAAUCAAGGCAAAACUUGUAAGCAAUCUUGAAGAACAACAAAAACAAUUGUUACAGAAUCAACAAGAGUCAGAACGAUUGAAACAGGCAAACGAAUCGCUAUUGAUGCAAGUAAAAUCUGCAGAUGCAGUAAAUGCAAUGUGUGAAACUAUGCAAAAUCGAUUACAGAAAAUGUUGGAUACAAAAGAUGAAGAAUUCAAGAAAAAACUUGCUGAAAAAGAUGAAAUUAUUAUAGAACAACAAAAUAAAAUUCACCAAUACAUGGAAAAUAUCAAGUUGGCUCAGAUGGAAAAAGAAAAAGUUCUUCGAUCAUUUCACGAAAAGGUAUUGGAUUCUUUAAAACAAUCGUCGUCGAUUUCGUAUUCGGCCGUCUCACCAAUCACUAGUGAUAAUAGUUAUAAAACUUUCAAUAAAACCUCACAAUCAAAUGACGAAAAUCAAAAUACUACCGCAUUCGAUAAUCAACAAUGUCAAGAAAACCAUGAAAAAACUUUGGAUGCAGUUAUCAAUACGAAUGAUCAACAAGUGGGAAAUACUGGGCCAACAACUAAGGAUUUUCGAUUGCCACAAUCAUCAUCCUCUUCAAUCCUAAAGUCACAAAAGUCCAACACUGUUCUUGCACAUUCUAAUGUUGAUAUCAGCAAUAGCAUUGCCGCCACUUCGAUCAACAAGGCAGGACAAAAAUCCAAACCCAGUUCGACUAUCGCUCCCAUUUUAGCUCAAUUGGCCAAUGAUGAUGCUGACGAAGCAUUAAUUGUUCCCGAUACGUUGAAUGAAUCAUUUAAAAACGAUUAUAAAGAAGCUAAAUCAACAGAAUCUACAGCGAUUGUAGGAAUACUGAAGCGAAAAACUCCAAGUUGUAUUGACUCAAAAAAUACAACCGGAAAUAAUCCGCCAACUGAUAAUAAAAAUUUACCUUCUAAAAAGAUUAGAUUUGCUUCUGAUGUAGUUGAUAAUGAAAAGCCACGGGCUACAAGAGCAUCAAAGUUACCAAUUUAUAAACCAGUAAAAGGAUCUAUUUACGAUAGUUCAUCAUCUAAGCGAAACUUGAAUGAAAAAACAAAUGCUAGCCGAUCAAAAAAGUUGAAAAACACAACUUCGAAAUAUAUACAAUUGCCUGAUGAUAGCGAUUCAGAAGGUUCUUUAGCCUGGAUUGAUGAUGUUUUUGCUUUUCCAUGAAAACAUAUCAAAAAAUUAAUUGAUUCCAUUAAUUCUUCAUAAUUCGGCACAUUAAAGGCAAUCAUUCAUCAUUACAUGUGUGUGAGUAUAUUUUUGUAGUCAUCUUAUCAAAUUGUACACAUUAUAUUUAUCUUUUUUUUUACAUUUCCAGUAAACUGGUGAACUCGUGAAUGGGAUUUUUUCCCUGCAAUAACGUCGAACAAUCAAGACAAGUCAGAAAUCAAAUUAAUCUUUCAAUUGAUAAUAUCAUUUAUGAAUAAUCAUUUUUUUUUUUCAUUCUUAUUGUUGUUACAUAUAAUAAUAAUCUCUUUAUAUAUGGAUAUAAAAACAAGAUUAAUUACAUGACAAAAUAAAACUUUCUAAUCUGAAUAAUAAAACAAAAAACCGUGAAGUAAAAUUCUGAUUGGAAUCAAUCAGUUUUGAAUUUUAAAUUUUUUUUUUUGUUAUUUUAUUUUUUAUUAAAAUAAUAAUUUGAUUUUUUUUGUUUGUUUCGGAAAGAGUGAUCUGUGUAUUUUCAUUUUUAAAUAUUGUUGUUUUCA